GGAUUAUCUUUCAAACCUCCUGCGUUGGGACACCGCAACAGAAUGGGCGGGUCGAACGCAAGCAUCAACACAUUCUCAAUGUGGCGAGGGCUUUACGGUUUCAGGCUAAUUUGCCUAUUUCUUUUUGGGGUGAGUGUGUCCUCACUGCCGCCUAUUUGAUUAACCGCACACCGUUGUCUGUACUUCAUUUUAAAACGCCUUAUGAUAUUCUUUUUGGUCAACCACCUUGCUAUGACCAGUUGCGCACCUUUGGAUGUCUUUGCUAUGCCUAUAAUUUGAAAUCUAAAACUGAUAAAUUCGGUAGUCGCAGCCGCAAGUGUGUUUUUGUUGGGUAUGUUUUUGGCAAAAAGGGAUGGCAUGUUUUUGACUUGGAUACACAUGAAUACUUUGUAUCCCGUGAUGUUAAAUUUCUUGAAGACCAAUUUCCUUUUGCGGAUUCGCCACCCCCUUUGGCCUCGGAUUCAGACGAACUUAGUGCCUCUCCUCCGAUUUUGCCAGCAACGUAUGAUGAUGUAUUAGAUGUGGCCUCCCCAGCCACGAAUGUUCCUCCCGUGGACACGAUCCCGGUUGAUGUUCCUCCUGUUACUACCUCGGUUGAUGUACCACCAGAUAUGUUGUCUCAUGUGGAAGAAAAUAUCCCUUUGGGUCGCGGUUUGCGUGCUAAGCAGUCUUCGGUCCGUCUGAAGGACUAUGUUACUCAUACAGUUAUUCGACAGAAUCCCAUUUCUCCCUCUCCGACUCCAUCAGCUUCCGCAGCUGUCUCCUCACACACAGAGCCUCAAUCUUUUCGUGAGGCGGUUAAGCAUCCCGAAUGGCGUGAAGCCAUGCAGGCAGAAAUUCAAGCUCUUGAAAAAAAUUCUACAUGGACCCUCACUCCUCUCCCUUCCGGAAAGCGGGCUUUAGGAUGUAGGUGGGUCUACAAAAUUAAAUAUCAUGCCGAUGGACGUGUGGAGCGUCAUAAGGCCCGAUUGGUUAUCUUUGGCAACCGCCAGGUUGCCGGGCUGGAUUAUACUGAAACUUUUGCUCCAGUUGCUAAAAUGGUGACUGUGCGUGCAUUCUUAGCUGUUGCUGCUUCUAAAAACUGGGAAUUACAUCAGUUGGAUGUUCACAAUGCCUUUCUUCAUGGGGAUCUUCAUGAAGAGGUGUACAUGACUUUACCUCCAGGCUAUUCUACUCCUGAUCCUACCUUGGUCUGUCGUCUUAAAAAAUCUUUGUAUGGCCUUAAGCAGGCACCCAGGUGUUGGUUUGCCAAACUUGUUAGUGCUUUACAACGUUAUGGUUUCACUCAGUCUUUUGCAGAUUAUUCUCUUUUUACACGUGCUACUGACUCUGUUCAGUUGAACGUCUUGGUGUAUGUGGACGACCUUAUUAUUUCUGGCAAUGAUUCAGUGGCCAUUAAUUCUUUUAAAUCUUAUCUCAGUGACUGUUUCCAUAUGAAAGAUCUGGGGAAACUGAAAUAUUUUCUUGGCAUUGAAGUUGCUCGGAGUUCUUCUGGGUUAUUUCUCACUCAGCGCAAAUAUGCACUAGAUAUUAUUACUGAGGCUGGUCUUCUUGGCGCUAAACCUGCGGCUUUCCCUAUUGAACAAAAUCAUAAUCUUGCUCACACCUCAGGUCCUUCUCUCACGGAUCCUGAACCAUAUCGUCGCCUGGUGGGACGCCUCAUUUAUCUGGCUGUUACCCGUCCAGACUUGACUUAUGCGGUUCAUAUUUUAUCUCAAUUUCUUCACAGCCCACGUCUAGAUCAUUGGCAUGCUGCUCUGCGGGUUGUUCGAUACCUAAAAGGUUCCCCAGGUCAGGGAAUUUUGCUUCGGGCUGAUAGUGAUCUUACUCUUACCGGAUGGUGUGAUUCCGAUUGGGCCGCCUGCCCCCUUACUCGGAAAUCCGUAUCUGGUUGGCUGGUUUUUCUUGGACACUCUCCGGUUUCUUGGAAAACUAAAAAGCAAACAACC